UAUUAUUCUAAGCGAAAUGGCAAAUAAAUCAAAAGAACUCUUGUUGGAUAAUAACAAUAUGCUUUACAAUUAAAAUUAAUAAAUAGAGAAUAUAGUAUCAACAUUAGCUCAAACAAAUUAAACUGCUGCGGUAGUUUAAGAAAAACUAAAUGAUUAAGGAGAAAAAAUAUAGAAUAUAGCCAAUACAGUAAAAAAUAAUUAAAAGAUUAGAAUAAAGACAUAUAAAGAGAGACAAGGAGAGUCGAUAAGCAAACAAAUUAGAUUAUUAGAAGGGAAUUCUAUAUGAAGCUAAUUCUUUAUUUAAUUGCACUACUUUUAUUUGCAGCAAAUAUUAUAGUGCUCGCAAUCAAAUUGAGUAAUUGA